UUCAGAGUUCAGAGCUCGUCCUCAUGAGCCUGGAAUUUGUGUUGUCGAGCAUGCAUAUUUGCUAUGCUUCUACUUGUCAUCUCCUUUGAUUCUUUAGGCUACAGGAGUUGUCUCCUAAAGGGGUUAACAUUGGCAUGCAUACAGGCUACCACUGAACCACAUCAGUAGCUCUUUUCCCCCUUUGGAGUAGUAAAGAUUAUUCGCUGAAAUCUCUACUUCUAGCCUAGUUGCGUUUGCGUACUCAAUUUAGUUCGCUUUGGAGAGUGCGUGGCUUCACUUUCGGUAUGCUGCUGCUUCGUUUCUCCAACGAGCGUAGUACUACUGUAGUACAUCACUUUGUCAUUUCUGCAGCGACAAAGUUCGUUAUACUUCAGACGUUACGCAUACGUACGCAGCUGACUCAUCAGUGCGGGUGGUUUCGUUGCCGGGCUUUGCUGCUAGCUAGCUCCCCAAUGCAGGUGGCGCGUAAAGCCGAUGGCGACUGAUGGUACAAUUUUUCGCUAUUCUGAAGGUGGGACGGAUUUGCUGAGAUCUUUGCUUUUGCUCCCUAUGAAAAUGAAAUUCCUCCAGCAACAAAAAUAAUUAAGAAAAAUAACUGCUGAGAAGUGAAGCUUCUCCUCUUUUUCCAUGUGUCGUAGUCCUAUUCUUAACGCCUGGAUAAAGAAAGGGAUCAUGUCAAGUUGGAAUUGCUCUGAAAGGCGGUGCUGACGAACCACACAAAGCCAAACCAUGUCGAAUCGGGGGAGAAGUUCUUACCAAGCCCCCUGCGUGCAUGACUCUAACUGAAUGCUGCAUCUCUGCGCGGUAGAACAGAGUAGUAGCAUGUUCUGUUGUGUGACCAGCAGCAACCGUGCAUUAUUACAGGACUGAGUUAUGAAGGUAGUAGUUGCUAAGCAACUUCACGCGAACUGUUGAUUGGCUCUGGAAUGGGGUCAUGCUCAGAGUGGACUGGCAUGAAGGUGACUUUGACCCGUGGAUCACACAUCGAGUCCACCAAACCGGUUGGUCAGGGAAUCUAGCAGGGGCAUGCUAAUUAUAUUGCCCAAUCAUCAACGCGUAGGAAAUCAACAACUCUUCUGAUCAAAAUAAACAAAUAAAUCAACGGCUCGUGGACAAAACCCAAGGCCAAGAGUAGUUGCAGCAGCAACCAGUGCUAGCUAAGGCCGCCGAAGCAGAGAUGAUCCACCAUGUCGCGGCGUGGCGUACGUGCGUGCCAGAUGAUGGCGCCCACGGCUAUACAACUGUGCGUAUCGUUGCCAUCUAACCACCGCUCGCUCCUAUGGUACAUUUGCAUGUGAACAAACGCGUCACCCGUCGUCCCCCACAAAUCAUGCGUUCAUGCAUUCAUGAUCACUUCCAUUUGGCUCCAUCCCAAGAAGCGUCGCAGUCGUUCAUCGGCGUCAACUACGGGACGAUCGCGGACAACCUCCCGCCGCCGGCGUCGACGGCCAGCCUGCUCAUGUCCACGUCCAUCGGCAAGCUCCGCCUCUACGAGCCCCAGCCGGAGCUGGUCGCCGCGCUCGCGGGCUCCAACAUCUCCAUCCUGCUGGGCAUCCCCAACGGCGACGUGCCGAACCUCGCGUCCUCCCCCGCCGCCGCGGCGUCCUGGGCCGCCGCCAACAUCCCCACCACGGUGCCCGUCUCCGCCAUCUCCGUCGGCAACGAGCUGCUCAACUCCGGAGACCCCACCCUCGCGCCCCAGCUCCUCCCCGCCAUGCAGAACCUCCUCGCCGCGCUCCCGGCCGGCUCGACCACCAAGAUCUCCACCGUGCACUCCAUGGCCGUGCUGUCGGCGUCGGACCCGCCGUCGUCCGGCGCAUUCCACCCGGACCUCGCCGGCAGCCUGGACCCGGUGCUGGACUUCCUCCACCAGAACGGCGCGCCCUUCAUGAUCAACCCGUACCCCUACUUCGCCUACGCCUCCGACACGCGGCCGGAGACGCUGGCGUUCUGCCUCUUCCAGCCCAACGCCGGCCGCGUUGACGCCGUGUCCGGGCUCACCUACACCAACAUGUUCGACGCGCAGCUGGACGCCAUCCGCGCGGCGCUGGACGCCAAGGGCUACGGCGACGUGGACAUCGUCAUCGCCGAGACCGGGUGGCCGUACAAGGGGGACGCCGACGAGGCCGGCGCCACCGUGGACAACGCCAAGGCCUACACCAGCAACCUCGUGGCGCACCUCAGGUCCCAGGCCGGCACGCCGCGGACGCCCGGCAAGUCGGUGGACACCUACAUCUUCGCGCUCUACGACGAGGACCUCAAGGGAGGGCCGGAGUCGGAGCGCUCCUUCGGGCUGUACAAGACGGACCUCACGGCGAACUACGACGCCGGGCUGUCCAAGAGUGGCAGCACCGCGGCUCCGACCAUUUUGACUCCAUCUCCACCGCAGAGCACGCUGCAGCCGAGCAGGGGGGCGACGCCGACGGGGUUCUGUCAGACGACGGCCGCCGUGCCGGGCAGCACGCAAGGCCGGCAGGUGCCGCUGAGCAGCUCGUGCUACAUCCCGGCCGGAGCCGUGCCGCGGCGAGCUGACGCUGGCACUUGGCAGCUUGUUUGGUUUGGUGUUUUGCUGUGCAUGGCAAUGGUAGCAGGCAUGUAGUAACAGCGUUUGUAACGUGACGGAACAAGUACAGUACAGUACAGGCUUUUUCGCUACCCACUCGCUACCACAGCUGUGCAUACGGAUUCACCACCAUAUUAGUAGAUUUCACCAAAACUACU